AUGUUCCAGAAUACCCUCGCCUUCCUCCUUCAAUUCUUCUUCUUCGCCUUAGCGUUCGCUGCACCAGUUGAGAUCGCUGGACAUGGUAAUGCUUGGAAAUAUGGUUCCGGUGGCGGGGUUAUCGGAUUCAUCGUUUUAAUUCUUGAUAUCAUCGUCUUCAUUGAGGUCCUCAAAUCAAACCGCCCUCCUUCACACAAACUCCUCUGGUGCUUGGUCGUCUUCCUCUUCCCCAUUCUCGGAUUGAUUAUCUAUUGGUUGUUCUCGAACAGACAAGCACACAACUCUGGAAGUGGUUCAUACGAAGCUAUCGCAUAA